AUGAGAAAAAUAGUGACCUAUUUGUUAUUUAUUAUUUUGCUAUGUAAAAGAACUGUUGCCUUCUAUUAUAUUGGAAUCCAACAACCCUUUAAAGGGAGCCGUUUCGGACAGCUUGUGUUAUCAGGACCAGGUGUCAGGAAUGCCAGUCCAAUUCCUGGCAUACCCUCAUGGAUGGAGCUACUGUAUAAAAGAGCAGAGGUUGGUCCUGUGGCCUCCAGCAUCCACAAGCUACUCAGCAAAGAAUCCCCAAAAAGGUCAAUCUAUCCUCCAGAAAUAGAAAAAAGAACUAUGCCUCUUUCUUCGUGUGUUGCCUGCGGCCUUCUCCUCAUCUUGAACCUUCAGCUAUUCAGCACAUAUCCUGUUGGCACCAGCUUGACCUCCAGUGACAUGGACAUUUUAAAGUUGCUCCUUGACAGAUUAGAGGAGACCCUUCCAGAGCAGACAGAAAUUGAGCAGAGGCUCUCUGCAGAGAGGGACAACACUCUUGACGACCUGAACAUAGAAGCUGAUGCACAGCAGCCACGGGACGUCUUGGACGAAGGUUCAGUCAGGGAGUUCCUGUCAGCCAAAAACCUGAAGAGCAUCCGCAGUGACUCCUCCAGGAGAUCUUCUGGUUGCUUUGGUCGCCGUAUGGACCGAAUAGGGUCCAUGAGCUCCCUGGGCUGUAACAGGGUUGGCAAAUACAGUAAGUUGACAAGAAAUAAAAUAGUUUCCAUUGGUGGAAUAUUGAGACACUGGGAAAGGUUCUAA